AUGAAUCACCCCAAGUCGUUGAUUCCGGGAGGGACCAGACUCAGAGAGGACGGUCGAAUCGAGGUCAAUCUCGAUUCCUCAGCCUGCAGAGCCGUCGCGGAAUUCAUCAGUCCCGCACCACCCCCGGAAGCAGAAUGGGGCCCGCCACCCCCAUACGAAGAGACCGAGCGAGCCAUCAAGCUCAAGCUCAACAUCGUCAUCCAGGUCGUUGGAAGCAGAGGCGAUGUCCAACCAUUCAUCGCUCUCGGAAAUGAGCUACAGAAACACGGCCACCGGGUCCGCAUCGCAACACACGACACCUUCGACACCUUUGUCCGAGACUCAGGCCUAGAGUUCUACCCCAUCGGCGGUGAUCCGGCCGAGUUGAUGGCGUACAUGGUGAAAAAUCCCGGACUGAUUCCACAGCUGCAUAGCUUGCGCGCUGGAGAAGUUCAGAAGAAACGCGAGAUGGUUGCCGAAAUGCUUGAAGGAUGCUGGAGGUCUUGUAUAGAGGAUGAUCCAAUUUCGGGCAAGCCGUUUGUGGCGGAGGCGAUCAUCGCGAAUCCGCCUAGUUUUGCACAUGUGCACUGUGCUCAAGCCUUGGGUAUUCCGCUGCAUUUGAUGUUUACUAUGCCGUGGAGUAGCACGAGGGCGGUCCCACAUCCGCUGGCGAAUUUGAAGUACUCGGAGACGACGCAGGAGAUGGCGAAUUACUGGUCGUACGCGAUUGUUGAGUGGUUGACAUGGCAGGGGCUAGGAGAUGUUAUCAAUAGCUGGCGGUCCAAGCUGGACUUGGAGCCUGUCCCGGCUACCGAAGGACCCAUGCUGGCAGAGACGUUGAAGAUUCCAUUUACGUACUGCUGGUCGCCGGCUCUGAUGGCUAAGCCUAAGGACUGGCCUGCACAUAUCGACGUCUGCGGAUUCUUCUUUCGAGACCCUCCUGCUUAUAAGCCUCCUCAAUCACUCGACCUCUUCCUCCGGAACGGACCAAAACCAAUAUACAUUGGCUUUGGAAGCAUCGUAAUUGAUGAUCCGGAGCAAUUCACGGCAAUCAUUCUUGAAGCCGUACGACUUACAGGAACCCGAGCUAUAAUUUCUCGUGGUUGGAGUAAACUAGGUGGCGAGCCUUCUGAUAGCGUCUACUAUAUCGACGACUGCCCUCACGAAUGGCUCUUUCAGCAUGUUUCCGCUGUCGUUCAUCAUGGCGGUGCGGGGACAACAGCGUGUGGUCUGCGAUACGGUUGCCCCACGGCUAUUGUCCCUUUCUUCGGAGACCAACCAUUUUGGGGAAACCUAAUUGCCUCCUCGGGCUCCGGGUCAAAGCCAAUCCCCUACCGAGAGGUUGACGUGGAGAAUCUCGCAAAAGCAUUCCAAUUCUGCCUGAGACCAGAAACCAAACACGCGGCGCAGGAGAUUGCCGAGAAGAUGCGAUACGAAUCAGGAGUGCAGGCCGCAGUCGCCUCAUUCCAUAGAAAUCUCCCGGUAGAGGAAAUGCAGUGCAGUCUGCUUCCAGACCGCGCAGCAACCUGGGUUUGCAAGACACCUUCGGGACCGGUGCGCUUGUCGAAGGUUGCGGCGCAGGUCUUGGUUGAGCAUCUCCGGGUUGAUAAGAAGAAAUUACAAUUAUACGAACCAAAACCCAUUAUUAUCGAAAACCGCCGCUGGGAUCCGGUAACAGGCGCCACAUCCGCCGCCAUCGGAACAGGCACAGACAUGGUCAAAUCCACCGCCGAUAUCUUCCUCAGACCCUACAAGGAGUACCAGGAUCUCCAGCAGCGUGGACGGCCAUCUACCUCGUCUAGUAACAGACCACCAAACAUCCGAUCCCUAAGCACCCCUCCGCCCACAACCCAAGAACCAAGCGAACAAGUCCCUCGACACGCAGCGACAGAUCUCCUUGGUCCCAAUCUACAAUCACGCCCAACAUCCCCGUCCCCUUCCACGGGCCCCGGCGCCCUCGAAACAACAACAACAAUCGCCUCGGCCUCCGCGAAAUCCGUCGGCAAGUUCCUAGGCACAUACUUCAAGGGCGUAAUGGUCGACAUCCCGCUCGCGACGGCAGAAGGGCUCCGCGCCGUCCCGAAGCUCUACGGCGAGGAAACGAAAACCUACGCGCCGGUGACAGAUUGGAAAUCCGGAUUUGUUGUUGGAGGCAAGUCGUUUGGACAGGGCAUGGUCGAUGGGUUUACGGGGUUGAUUACGCACCCGGUGAAGGGUGCGAAGGAGGGGGGGGCGCUUGGGGUUGUGAAGGGUCUUGCCAAGGGGACGAUGGGGGUGGGAGUUGGGUUUAGUUCUGCCGCCCUAGGCGUCGUCGCGUAUCCCGGCCAGGGUAUCUGCCGAAGCAUCCACGCCUCGAUGAAGUCGAAAACUCGAAAGGAACUUAUCAAGGCAAGAUACAGAGAGGGCGAGUUCCUUGCCACUGCCGCUGCGACUGGUCCUAGUGCUCAGACGAUUGAUCGGGGUGCACUAAUGAGGGCGUUCGAUGGGUUUCGACGAAAGGAUGGCGGUAAACAAAGGUUUGAUACGUGGGAUGUGGCGAUGCGGCAGGAUGGGAGUGGGAAUUAA